UCUGUUGCAGUCAUGUCGGCUGCGAUUGCAGCUCUAGCUGCUUCAUACGGCUCGGGUUCCGGGUCCGAAUCGGACUCGGACAGUGAGGGCAGUCGGUGUCCGCUGCCAGCCGCGGACUCUCUCAUGCACUUGACUAAAUCGCCUUCAGCCAAGUCCUCUCUGACCGUGGCGGUGGACUCGGCUCCGGAGGUGGCAGUUAAGGAAGAUCUGGAGACGGGAGUUCACCUCGACCCUGCUGUCAAAGAGGUUCAGUAUAAUCCUACCUACGAGACCAUGUUUGCUCCUGAGUUUGGACCAGAAAAUCCCUUUCGAACACAGCAAAUGGCUGCCCCUAGAAAUAUGCUUUCUGGGUACGCAGAGCCCGCACACAUCAAUGACUUCAUGUUUGAACAGCAGAGAAGGACAUUUGCCACAUACGGCUACGCACUGGACCCUUCGUUAGAUAAUCACCAAGUGUCUGCUAAAUACAUUGGCUCUGUGGAAGAGGCUGAGAAGAACCAAGGCUUAACUGUAUUUGAAACUGGUCAGAAGAAAACAGAAAAGAGGAAAAAGUUCAAAGAAAAUGAUGCAUCUAAUAUUGAUGGUUUCUUGGGACCGUGGGCAAAAUAUGUGGAUGAAAAAGAUGUGGCCAAGCCUUCAGAAGAAGAACAAAAGGAAUUAGAUGAAAUCACAGCAAAGAGGCAGAAAAAAGGCAAACAGGAAGAAGAGAAACCCGGGGAGGAGAAGACAAUCUUACAUGUUAAAGAAAUGUAUGACUACCAGGGCAGGUCUUACCUCCACAUACCUCAGGAUGUCGGUGUUAAUCUGCGGUCAUCUGUUCCACCUGAAAAGUGUUACCUUCCCAAAAAACAAAUUCACGUGUGGUCUGGACACACAAAGGGUGUCAGUGCCGUCAGGCUCUUUCCUCUUUCUGGACAUUUGUUGCUGUCUUGCUCCAUGGACUGUAAAAUUAAGCUAUGGGAAGUUUAUGGAGACCGGCGCUGUCUGAGAACAUUUAUUGGUCACAGUAAAGCCGUGAGAGACAUCUGCUUCAACACUGCGGGGACACAGUUCCUCAGUGCGGCCUACGACAGGUACCUGAAACUCUGGGACACGGAGACAGGACAGUGUAUAUCAAGAUUUACAAACCGCAAAGUGCCCUAUUGUGUCAAGUUCAAUCCCGAUGAAGAUAAGCAAAAUCUCUUUGUGGCCGGAAUGUCUGAUAAAAAGAUCGUACAGUGGGACAUUCGCAGUGGAGAGAUUGUUCAGGAGUACGAUCGGCAUUUGGGGGCUGUCAACACGAUUGUCUUUGUUGAUGAGAACCGAAGAUUUGUCAGUACAUCUGAUGAUAAAAGCCUCCGAGUUUGGGAAUGGGAUAUCCCUGUGGAUUUUAAGUACAUAGCAGAGCCCAGCAUGCACUCAAUGCCUGCAGUGACUUUGUCUCCAAAUGGGAAAUGGCUAGCAUGCCAGUCGAUGGAUAACCAAAUCUUAAUUUUUGGAGCACAGAACAGAUUCAGAUUAAAUAAGAAGAAAAUUUUUAAGGGCCACAUGGUAGCAGGCUAUGCUUGUCAGGUAGACUUCUCACCAGACAUGAGCUAUGUGAUUUCAGGAGAUGGAAAUGGGAAAUUAAACAUUUGGGACUGGAAGACCACAAAACUCUACAGUCGCUUUAAAGCCCAUGACAAAGUGUGCAUAGGCGCAGUGUGGCACCCCCAUGAGACAUCCAAGGUCAUCACGUGUGGCUGGGAUGGCCUCGUCAAGUUGUGGGAUUGAUGGGAUUAGUCCUUUCACUGUCUGGGAUCAUUUUUGAUCCAGUGUCAUAUUUAACUAUUUAAUUAUUAAAAUGUGUUGGAUGACAGUUUGAUUUAUAGGUAAUCUUUUCUUAUAUGGCCUUAUGAAGUUGGCCUAUUGUUUUUAAGAGCUUUGUAAAUUUGCCUCAGAUAAGUUCAAUAGCAACUUCAUUGUUCUUUAUAGAUGUUAUUUAUAUGGAAAAUGACAACUGAUUAUAUUUGACAAGUAGUUACUGUUGGCAGGCAGUUGCGUUUUUCCCUGUGAUGUCACUAAAAGGAUCAUUUUGGAGUCAAGAAAAAGAUGCCUAUUGGGAAUGGGAUCCCGUGGGAGAUGAUGUAGCUAAUGACUCAGAAGGUACCAGACACUUAGCAACCCGUCCACCAGGUUGGCGGGAACAAAGGCAAAACCACCUACAGUCCCAGUCACUGAAUCAAGUUCUCCUCUUCUUCAAGUUCCAGUAUUGUUUACGGCCUGUGUUGUCUAUUUUUACUUGUAAAUUAGUGACCUUCAUUGGCUGCAGCUUUCCUCUAACUAUUAAGCAAUAUAAAAUUAAAAGGCAGUCUGCAGUUCCUUUCUUGACUCUCUUCCUGAUCACCAGAGACGGGACUGUGUAGGAAGUGAGGUUGUCUCUGACGCUGGAACUGAGGGAACAAGCCCGGCUUUGGAUGUUACUCGCAAUCACUGUGUGGAAGGCGCUGGCUGCACUCUUCAGAAACCAGGGUCUCAGGCUCCGCUUCACCGCUGGGGUGAAUGAUGACAUGCUCCCUCUGGCCAGAGUGAAGGCAGAGUCCAGAAUACCAUUGUAAUGUCUUUGAAGUCACAGUUUGUCCUUAAAAUCACUCUGGUUUUACUUGUGAAUAUAAACAGUAAAACUUUUGAAUGUUAGAAAAAAUGAAAUUUCUUUUCAGAUCUUUGAAAAACCUUUGACACUAUAAGAAAAUGCCUGGAGCCCCCAGUUUGAAAGGCCGUAACCGCAGGGUUUUCUCUUUUUAAAUCACAUGCUCAACAUAGCACUGCCUAGCCAUUGCCAGUUCUGCAACUUCCAGGAAGGGCAGCAUAUCGGAGGGAAGAAUUCGUACAAAACCUUUCUGUCGUCCCAACCAUAUCUUAACAAAUGUGAAUUACCGGCGUGUAGUAAGAGAAAGACUUCAACAACAGUAUUGCAUGUUAAUGAAUCAUCAUUUUGAAAUCCCAAUUUCUCUUACUGUGUUUUUGACUGUUUCUAAACAGAGUAACUGUACAUAAAAGUUUUCUCUUUUUUGAAAAGAUCCUAUUUUUGAAUAAAGCAUUCUUUUUAUAGAAAGUGUUUCUGAAAUGUC